GCCAAAACCGGUCACCCAGGCACUCCACUUUCCGACUAAACUGGAGAAGUCACAGGAAUUUACAUAUGAAUGCCUGGCAAGGAACCGAAGUGAACUGGGGGAUCGGAUAUACCUCCGAGGAGCACUCACACAUGAUGUGUGGCCAUAGACACCACUCACCCACGGAUGACUCACAUGCACUCCAGCAUUUGUCGUCAUCGUCGUCGGGCACUUUCAAUUGCUAGUGAAGUAUUAAUGGCAGCAUUUGAAUAACAAUGCAGAUGCCAAGUCAGGCUGGCAGAUUCUGCAAUUCAAAUUCAAACGACUGCUAUAUCUCCAGAGACCCAUACCUUCUAGAACAAGUGCCGCAAUUAGAUCAAAUGUGGGGGCUAAUUUGAGCUGCGUACGCAGACUGACAUCUCAAUUGUCCCCGUUGAGAUAGGAUACUCGAUAAUCUAAUAAACUGAACCAAGCAACAUAUUUUUCUCAAAAACAAGUUUCACAAAUGCAACAAUUAAAAUACAAACCAUUGGAAAUUUAAACAUAACUUCUCUUUUUCAAUAACAUCUUCAUUUCGCGAAAUUAAAUUCUCAUAGGCAAAAAACCGGAAAAGUAAAGAAUUUCCUCUUUUCUAUUUCCUAUUGGUAAUCAAAAAGUGGGUUUUAAACAUUUGGGAAAAUGCUUUUUAAAACCACCUUUUAGCUUACCUAAAGGACGAAAAAAUAUCCGACACUGGCUAAUUUAUUUUUUGAAUUCCCCAGAUCUGCCCAAGUAAUACAAGAAGUACGACUGGAAAAUCCCAUAGAAUAUGAGUGCUACGAGCAUAUUGUAAAUGCAUUUUCGGUGUCAAUGGCGUCACAAGCAAAUUGUGAAUCGUUAAUAAUGUCGGCCCUUCGCUUCCUCUGCAUUCUGAAUAACGCUCUUCAGAUGCGGUUUCCAGGAACCUUCGACCGAUGCCAGCCCACGUAGCAUAAUGAGCACAGAUUUCAGGGGAAUUUCGCCAGCUGAGGAAGAAUUCACUAAAGAUCAGCUGAAUCAGUUUGUGGCUGCCUUUGAAAUAUGCAAACGUCAUUCGGAUGCUGUUAAUUAUGGACUUAACUUAUGGAAUCUUAGCUGGGAAUGUUCCGUUCGUCUAGGACACUGGGUUUUAUUGAUUAAUUUUUCAAAAAAUCUAUUCGUGUUUGACACUUACACAAAAAAAAGAAAAUCAAAAUCUUUGUUAAUGAUAUGUCAUCUGGCGCAAUAAAUAUCAUAGCAAUUGUCCUGCUUUUGAUUCCAGGCAUUCUUGGCCAGUGCAUCGAUUGUAACGCUCACUGGAAGUUCCAUUGCAGGACCAACUAUACGGGCUACUACUGUGCUCCUGGUGCCCAAAUACACCAAAAAGUGACUUCAAAUUAUACAUACCUAAGGACCACAAGCAGCAAUGAUACCCCUUACGACCGGUGUACGCCCUAUCCCUUUCAAAUACCUUACAUAGAGACGUUCUGCUGUCUAUAUUCACCCAAGGUUGGCUGCCAGUUGGCCCUCAACCCACGUAUCUUCCAUUACGAGAAGCUACCUGUCAGUAGAUGCGGUGACUGCAUGGAACACUGUCAAUGCUCGAACAAGGGCGCUCCUCCUGUCCAGUCCUGGACGAUGGUCCCUCAUCUGGGGAUCUGCGUCAUGCUGAUCCAGUGGAUGUUCCUCUGAACUCGAUUUAAGA